UCCACAUUAUGCUGCUGCCUGGUCGGUCGCCAGUCUUGUGACUCGACCGUCUAAUUCCAACAUGAUCACUACACUGAAGUUCACGCUACUGUUGCUGGCUCUUGCCUUUUCCCAGGGGCUGAAGGACAACUACAUCGAUGAACUGGACGAAGAUGCCGAGACUUUGCGCGCUGCUCAGGCGUCACCAUACGGCUCUCUGUGGCCACUGCCGCAGAAAGGGAAAAUCCUAGACAUCUCAUUCAAGUUAACCAGCUUUAACAUAGUUGACGCCAAAGAGUCAUCCGCCGGGCCGAGCUGCAGCCUCCUGCAGGAUGCUUACAGGAGGUAUUAUGAAUACAUGUUUGGCAGCGUUAAAAAGCCGGGGCCGAGAAAAAGCAGACAAACAGUCCCCUCUGAGCUGACAGAGCUACAGGUGUGGAUCACAUCACCUGACUCUGAAUGUGACAGUUACCCCAGUGUGACUUCUGACGAGUCAUAUGAACUGUCAGUGGAUCUGCCGUAUGCUGUCCUGAAAGCUCCGAAGGUCUGGGGAGCCCUGCAUGGUCUGGAAACUUUCAGCCAGUUGGUGUAUGAAGAUAAAUAUGGAGCGAAAAGCAUCAAUUCAACUACAAUCAGUGACUUCCCUAGGUUUGCACAUAGAGGCAUCUUACUGGACAGCUCUCGGCAUUUCCUGCCCCUUAAAGUGAUCUUGGCUAAUCUGGAAACGAUGGCGAUGAACAAAUUCAAUGUGUUCCACUGGCACAUCGUGGAUGAUCAGUCCUUCCCCUACCUGAGCCGAACGUUCCCAAAUCUGAGCCAGCAGGGAGCUUACCACCCAUACACACACGUGUAUACGCCCGCUGACGUGAAGAUGGUGAUCGAGUUUGGCCGUCUGCGAGGCAUUCGUGUUAUCCCCGAGUUUGACACUCCAGGACACACACAGUCUUGGGGGAAAGGCCAGAAAGAUCUGCUCACGCCCUGUUACUCUGGCUCCAAACCCUCUGGCUCCUUUGGACCAGUGAACCCCAUCCUGAACACCACGUAUGACUUUAUGAGCCAGUUCUUCAAGGAGAUCAGUACAGUGUUCCCUGACGCCUACGUCCACCUGGGAGGUGAUGAGGUGGACUUCACCUGCUGGAAGUCCAACCCGGACAUUAAGAAGUUCAUGGAUAAGCAAGGCUACGGAGAAGACUACAAGAAACUGGAAUCAUUCUAUAUCCAAAAACUCUUGGAUAUCGUCACCACUACCCAGAAGGGCUACAUGAUCUGGCAGGAGGUCUUUGAUAAUGGGGUUAAGCUGAAACCAGACACAAUUAUCCACGUUUGGAAAGGAAACCAGGAGCAAUACCAGAGUGAGAUGGCAAAUGUUACAUCAGCAGGGUACCAGACCCUGCUGUCCACUCCCUGGUACCUAAACCGUAUCUCCUACGGCCAGGACUGGCAAGUCCAUUACAAGGCCGACCCACAGGAUUUCAAUGGAACUGAAGAACAAAAGAAGCUCGUGAUUGGUGGAGAAGCCUGUUUGUGGGGGGAGUAUGUGGAUGCAACCAACCUGACACCCAGACUCUGGCCCCGUGCCAGCGCUGUGGCAGAGCGACUGUGGAGUGCCAAACAUGUGACGGACAUUAAUGAUGCUUUUGACAGACUGUCUGUGCACCGUUGUCGCAUGGUGGAGCGUGGGAUCCCAGCUGAGCCGCUGUUUUCCAGCUACUGUCGCCGUGAGUACAAAGGUAUCUGAAAACAACUGGAACGGGAAUCGAAAAGGGAAGCAAAUCCACAUGCAAUCUUGCUUGUAACUGAGAAAUCAAAUGCUAAAUUGCCUUUGUAGAGAUGUCACUGUACUGAUGUUCUGAGACACAUCUUUUUUGUUUUUUAAAUCAGCUCUACAGAACUCUUGAUCACAUCUAAUGUCAUAAACCAAUCUUGACUUUAUAAAUGCACUCGUUUUUUUAUGAAUGUUUGUACAAUUGACUGUGAAUAAAAUGUUAUUAAAAGUU